AUGGUUGCUACUCGAAAGCAGGAUUAUGGAGUAGGUCAACCUGUUUCAAAACAUGAUGAUAAACUUAAAGAAAAUGAUCGUGAAUAUGAAGCUGGUGGUUCUUCUGAUUCUGAAUUACCGUCUACUCAAAAAAUAAAUAAAAGUGUUACUCCAUCAACUUCAAGACGACGUGUUAAUCGAAAAUCACAAGAGAAGAAACUAGAUACGAAUAAUAUUCAUAAACAAAAUACUUCUUCGGUUCAAAUACCUGACGAUCAACCAUCAAUUAUUGUUCCUUCUGAUAUACCAGAAACAAUUGAAAAUCUAUCUGAUGAUCAACCCAUUGAAAAUGUUAAUCCACAAACAACUGAGAGGCCACCAAUAAUUGCUGAUAUUCCUAUAAAUAAUAUACAGCAAACUCGUCAGGGAAUUGUUACUAAAAUGAUUUAUGCUAUAUGGUCAAAAUUUGUUAAUACCAUUACAAGCGUAUCUGUUGAAAUACGUAAAUUCGUAGUUGGUCGUAAAACAACUUUGUUAUUAGCCAUAAUUUUUUUAUUAUUAUUCAUCUUAUUAAGGCCAACAAGUGACAUUGAUGAAAUCAGUAUUAUAAGUGAUAAUGAAACAAGUCAAUAUGAUGAUAUUUAUGAUUUAUUGGUGUCAAAAAUUGGCUCUAUACUGGGCUCUAACUACGGUCCAAAAACAAUUCCUCCCAUGUUAGAUGUACAUAUGAACCUCGAACAUUCAAUACAAAAAGUUGAUGAAAUGUUACGAAAAACUGUCCCUCCAAUCGUUGAACGAGUUCUUCGUGAAAAAUAUGGUUCAAUUAUUCUUCCUGAUAAAGAGCAACUUAAUGAAUGGGUAAUGUCUGCUGCCCAUAAUUUAGUUCAAGAAUAUAUUAAAACUGAUAUUCGUAAUAUGCCUGAUUUUGCUCUUUCUUCAGGUGGUGCCCGUAUAAUUCAUAGUCUAACUUCUAGACCUUAUUCAGAAAUGCCAAAUACAAAAUUUCACAAAAUGUUCUCUCUACUCCUUUAUAAUGGUUACAUCCAUGGCCAUAAAGCUCAUGUUUCUAUAGAUGGAAACAAUCAUAUUGGAAAUUGUUUUGCUUUUGCUGGAAUGCGUGGUCAACUUGCAAUUCAAUUAAGUAGAACAAUCUAUAUCACUACCGUCUCUUAUCAACAUUUAGAUCGAAAUUUAGCUUUGGAUGAUACAAAUAUUUUAAGUUCCCCUGCCAGAUUUGCCGUACUUGGAAUUCCAGAUGAAAAAUAUUUAUCAAAUACAACGUCAAAAGCCUUAGAAGUAUCACAAGGUUUCGUACGACUCGGUGAAUUCAUUUAUGAUUUGGAAGGUCCACCUGUACAAAUAUUUCAAGUUGACCAUAAAAAUGGUAGUGAACGAAUACCCAUAAAGAGUGUAAUAUUUAAGAUUAAUAGUAAUUGGGGUCAUGAUAGGUACACAUGUUUGUAUCAAUUUAGGGUUCAUGGAAGGAAUGUUAAGAAUACAUUGAGACAGCAUCAAAAACUUCCUUAUUCAAAAACAUUUGAGAGUACUCCUGUUAGUACAUAG